UGACUGAGUCCCCGCAGCACCCACCCUCUGGGGUGCCACCCAAUGGCUGCCGUGGGCUCGGCACAGCCCCUCCCGCCCGCCUGGGCUGAGCGGGACCCGCCGGGACACUGCCCGGACUGGCUCGCACAGGCUGUAAGAUAUAAAGGCUGUCAGCAGCUCCUCUGGCCAGAAGCUUCAUAACCAGCACAGUUUUGUUCUUUGGGGGGGUUGUAAUAAGAGACACUUCUUCACAAAGGUUCAUAUCAUCACAUAGGAGAGUGCUAUAUAUACUGGGAGAACAAUAGACUCUGUUCUUUUUUUCUUGGUAUUAUCCAGAGAUUUGCUUUCUGCUGCCCUGACUUAAAGCAGAGUACCUCUGUGGCCUGUCUCCUUUGGCCCCAAAAUGACAGUAAUUGCUGCAAUCAGUUGUUCUCUCUUAUUUUCCGUUCUCUGUGAAACAAGUGCAUUAGUGUUACCCAACUCCACUGACCUAUUCCUGUCAGACAAUAAUUUCACUGACAUCAAGACGGCUUUGGCAGCUCAUCUGGACUCUGCAAAAAUUCCCAAAGCCAGGAGGAAGCGCUACAUUUCACAGAAUGACAUGAUUGCCAUUCUUGAUUAUCAUAAUCAAGUCAGAGGCAAAGUCUUCCCACCUGCUUCCAACAUGGAAUAUAUGGUUUGGGAUGAAACUCUUGCCAAAUCUGCUGAGGCUUGGGCUGCUACAUGCAUUUGGGACCAUGGUCCUUCCUAUCUUUUGAGAUUUUUGGGCCAGAACCUGUCUGUAAGAACUGGAAGAUAUCGAUCUAUUCUCCAGCUGGUAAAGCCAUGGUAUGAUGAGGUGAAGGAUUAUGCUUUCCCUUAUCCUCAAGACUGUAACCCUAGGUGCCCGAUGCGAUGUUAUGGACCCAUGUGCACCCAUUACACACAGAUGGUUUGGGCCACUUCCAAUCGUAUAGGCUGCGCAAUCCACACAUGCCACAAUAUGAACGUCUGGGGAUCGGUUUGGCGGCGAGCUGUUUACUUGGUAUGCAACUAUGCCCCAAAGGGGAAUUGGAUUGGAGAAGCACCUUAUAAAGUUGGAGUUCCAUGUUCAGCUUGUCCUCCAAGCUAUGGAGGUUCUUGUAUCGACAAUCUUUGUUUCCCAGGAGUAACAUCAAACUACUUAUACUGGUUUAAAUAAGUUAAGGUUAACAUUAUUUUAAAGAAAACCCACAGAUGAGUAACAAGAACUUUGUGUAUUGAAUUUUGCACAUAUUAUAUAUAGAGAGAUAUUGUAAUAAUACUCUGAUAUUUUCUUUUUGUAUGCUUUUGUGUAAUUAGCUUUCCAAGUACAGUAUAAUUUGGAUUUAACACUUUGGGAUUUAAGACUCACAUUAUCCCUUUCAGAUUAACAUUUUGUUAAAGGAGAGCAAACUCAUUUUAAUCUUAGCAAGUGUAGCUUCCUGAAGAUUAGAUUAUAUUGAAAGCACAUCAGAAGAUAGAAGAUUACUUCCUGUUAAAAAUAAUAACUCUAGAAAGAGAAGGGUCGUUGUUUAACACUGUGCUUCAAAAAUGGAGUGCGACUUGCAAAGAAACAAAUUGUCCUCACACUCCCAAUGGUUCCUCCUGUUUACACCUGUGCUUUCACCUGCAAUGUCAGUGGGACACUGAGCAGAGGAAAACAUAUGUGCAAGAGAAACUGCAG